AAGCAGCCAGCCUCGAUGGCACUGCGGCCUUUCAUUUCAUUCUCUCAUCUCCCAGUGGUAAGAUGGCCUGGGGUGUCUUCUAUCGUCCACAAGGCUCAACUUGGGAAGGCAGCCCUGCCAUCCCCGUCAGCAGUCACCAGCAGCCCGGCGGUUUCGUCAAGGAAUACUACUCUUAUCCCGUCUCAUCUGCCAACUACACUCCACAGCACCCCCCGCAGAAGCCAGUUCUUCCCCACUUCAGAACACCGUUGUCAGAGGCAGUACUUAAUGAUCCAGCUUUCUCUGCAGACCCUCGCUCUCAUCCGCAUUUCCCCUUUACCGAUGCCCGAUCAUACAAAGCGUUGCCCGCCAAGUCCCCCCGCAGCACCGUCCUUCCUGCCCCCACAUUAAAUGAGCCCACGACGCAACAAAGUAUAAAGUAUCCCAUUACACCAGCUCCUGCGAAAACAGCAAAACGUCCAUUCCCACCUGCACUCCCUGUAUCACUAGAACAUGAAUUCCACGCACCGAAGUCCGUUGCUUCCACGCCGUCCACUGUAUCAUCAAUCACCACGAUUAGACCUCCACUUGUGCAGACUCAAGGUAGUCGCACUACUAUACCUUCUGUAUCACGAACGUCAACCUCUUCCGACCCACCCCCAUAUAAUAAAUAUCCAUCCAAUCACAACGAGAGUUCUGGCGCUCCCACCCCAGGAACGGUCCGUCCCCCCAUGUCCUACACUACGCCCUCGAAAAUAUUCCAAGCGCGAGUGAAACCACGACCCAAAGUCACUCCCGCACGUGCAGACACAAAAUCAAACUUUGCGAGAAUCUCCGCCAGCAAAGGCCGGAUUAAAAACCUUGUCCGACGACUUACCACACGCCACCAUCUUGACCGUAUCGACGAGUUGGAUGAGACGGAUCCUUUCGGGAUUGGUUUCCACCAUAGCGGUCCUUACGAAGCAAUAGCCAGCAAUCUUGCCGAGGAAACUUCCCCACUUUCGCACAAUCUUACAGACAAGUUCACUGGCCGGAGGAAUAAUUCAAAGUUUGAGAGCGAUACUACUAAAGCUGCUCAACCUCCGCGUUUGGACACCGAGCCUUCUCUGGGAAAUCAAACAUCAGUUGAUACCGGCAGAACAGCGGAUGAGAUUUCGACUCAUGAAGUCCAAGUCGGGACAAUGUCCGCCGUUCCCCGAGAAACCACCACAAAGUCAAUUCAGUCUGACUAUACCAGGCUUCAGCCGCUCCCUAAUCAGACGGUUCAUCCUCCCCAAUUGUACCCCGUCGUAAACCAAAGUCCGCCGCCCAUACCUGCUCCUCGGGUGCACCAUUUUGGUGAUAUCAUACCUCGCAUACCUGGUAAACAGACACCUUAUAUAAAUCCCCCUCCUGCGCCCUAUGUCCCUGAAAAGCCGCAAUUAACGACCUAUUCUCACGAAUCUGUUCCGCACAACCCAUCACCGCCGCGAUCCCCCAAACGACUGCCGAACACAAACCAUAUGGCUUCUCAACCAGCUCAGUCUGACGGAGGGAGACCAGUAGCUGAUUUGCAACCUCUACAUUCCACGUUGCCCAAGAGCGCUUCUUCUUCGGACGUGUCUCAUAGCGCUCCUGCUCGAACGCCGUGCGGUCAUGGUAAGCCUCCGCGAGUACAGCACCUUCCGAAACGUCUAGUUAUGCCGGCACCUCUACACAUUCCGCAAGCCUCAGAGCAGCCCUCCCGACGACCCUUUCCUAAUCCGGACGGUCGAACUGCUAUCAACCCUGUUUCAGUGCCAUCAAGGACCAACCAAACGCAAAAGUUGCGGCGGAAGAAGUCCGCUACCUUCCCUAGUAGUGUUCCGCUUCCUUUGCGGCCAUCCACAUACCAGCCUGACGUUGGUCAGACGAUCGUCAAGAAUUUGGCAAAUGCAGCCGUUAAGGGGCAAGGAAUCCAUCAAGAGCCACGUCGCCGACGGCUCAGGCGGAAAUUGACUGGCCAGAUUAUUAAGCAGCGGUCUUCUCCAUCAUUAAAUGCAUUAUAGAACUGAGUCACAUAUCAGAUACAUAUGUACAUAUCAUAUCACCUUGAAGUGG